UACCACUUCUCAAAAGAAAGAACAGCUGAUAUUUUCACAUUUUCCUCGCAGAUAUUUUCGUUUAUAUCACAUAAAUAAUUGAAAUCAAAAUUAAAAUCGAAUUCCUCAGCAAUGAGCGUAGUUAAAUAUAUUGGUCGUACAACUGAUUUUCGCGGUAAGACACUGUGGGAGAUUGUGGGAAAUCUGCGGGACUUUGGUGUUGGCCGGCUCGUAAUACGUAACAAAUUCCAACGAUAUGAAGAGCCCUGCUAUAUGCGUAUACUUAAGGUGGAAGUUACUCCACAUGAUCCUGCCAAGGACCCUAUUCGUAAAGUAGCUGUUACGGUGGAAAAAACAUGGCGUGGUAUAGUAAAUCCAAAUCCAGUCACCAUAUACAGAACUAGUUAUAAACCCGAUUAUGAGUUAGUUCCAAAAGAAGAUGAAACAAAAUACCUUAACAACACAAAAAAAAUAUCUGAACAAAUAUUAGCCAACAAAAUUGAGUUUCCACCACUCUUUCGCGAAUAUAUUCGAGAAGAGACGGGUAUUCAAGAACCCAAUAUGAAAGUUCAUCAUAAACAAACACAUAAUAAGCAAACACGGUUGGCAAAAGAAGGAGAGAAACCGACUAUUGAAUGCACGAUGGGACUGGGUACACCAGCAAGUCCCAAACUCUAUGAAGGCGUGUUAUAAACAUCCGUUAAUACAUACAUUGCAUGUCAACUGUUGCCGACAAAUAUAAAAAUAAAUAUCCAUUAAGAGCUUA